GGCGACCUUCCGGUGCAAGCCCUUGCGAUCCCCUGAUCUGCGAUACUGCCCGAUCGGGUAGAGUAAAUCGAUCUCGGAAGGGGAUUGCGUCAUUUGCCGUCCUUACUGUUAUCUGCGAGGAUAUACUCUCUCCCCGCCGCCAGAAUCCCCAAUAUAAGCCAGCCAUGGUCCUGCUGAAUCUCUUCGCACCUCUCACACCUCGUCGUUCAUCACCAUGCCCAACGCAGAGACUGCAGGAUACCAGUUCAACCACACGAUGGUCCGGGUCAAAGACCCGGAGGCCUCGGUCAAGUUCUACACCGAGGUGCUAGGCCUGACACUCCUCUCUCACUACAAAUUCGACUCGUUCACUCUCUACUUCCUGGCAUACGACCACUCCGGCGGCACCCUCUCCGCGAAGGAGCUCAAGGACUCGCGUUUCAACCGUGAAGGUGUGCUCGAGCUGACGCACAACCACGGCACCGAGUCGGACGCCUCCUUCUCCGGGUACGCCUCGGGCAACAGCGAGCCCGGCAAGGGCUUUGGCCACAUCGCCAUCACCGUCCCCGACGUCGCCGCCGCGUGCGAGCGCUUCGAGAAGCUCGGUGUCACGUUCAAGAAGAAGCUGACCGACGGGCGGAUGAAGGACAUCGCGUUUAUUCUGGACCCCGAUGGGUACUGGAUUGAGGUCAUCCCGCCGAGGACCAUCCUUGGACCGGGAGAUGAGUGAAGAAACGAGGAGAAGAAUAAUCGAUGUGUGUAUGAUGUGUCGUGUUAUGAUGAAUCACUUAAUGAAAGGUGACAUGCAAGCCGGUCCAGUGAGUUACAGCUGGUA